AUGGUCUUCGUUUCCCUGCUUUCGAUCAUUUUAUUGGCUGUUUCGCCUCUGGAAGGCAUUGCGGGUUCUCAAAGCAACCUCCCGCUGCGUUUGGCUAGGCGCCACGCAAAAUUGGAACAAUCUUUACAUGCCAGGGACGACAUCGGUGACCCUCGUUACAAAUUAGAGGUCUUCUACAGAGGAGAAUCUUUUCUCAAUGACUGGGACUACUUCUCUGACCCAGACCCUACUCACGGCAAUGUGAAUUAUCAAACUCGCGAGAACGCCGUCGCAAAGAACCUUUCCUAUGUCCAGGAAGACGGGACCAUGGUUCUGGCGGUAGACGAUUUUACUGACGUGCCUGUUGGUGGCAAACGCGACUCUAUCCGUAUCAGCACAAAGAAACGGUACAAUGGUGGUCUGUUCAUCGCAGACUUCUGGAAGAUGCCACACGGGUGUAGCGUCUGGCCUGCCUAUUGGUCCGUGGGCCCAGAUUGGCCGAACGGAGUUACGUUCACAGGGGAAAUUGAUAUCUUGGAGGGCGUGCAUGAACAGCCCACAAACCAAUAUACUUUACAUUCCGGGCCUGGUUGCACGCUUUCCCUCGACGGGGUGGAAGUUGCAUCUAGGUUAAUGCACGACCAGUGUGCAAGCUCGAAUGGCGACAACCGAGGUUGCGGGUUCCUCGACACCGACGAGCGAAGCUACGGAGAGCCAUUCAACUCGGUCGCAGGUGGAGUCUUCGCCCACCUCUGGAACAACGAGGGAAUCAGAAUGUGGCAUUUCCCCCGAGGCGAGAUUCCCGCCGACAUCGAAGCUCAACAGCCCCAACCAGAUCUCUGGGGCAAACCUGUCGCCUUCUGGAGUUCCAAGACCUGCGAUAUGAGCGAACAUUUUUACGAUCACACUCUCGUAUUGGACACCACUAUCUGUGGCGAUUGGGCUGGCCCCACUUAUGGAAACUCUGGAUGCACUGGUACGUGCGCAGAAGCGGUGGCGAAUACGGAAAUUUUCAAAUGUGAGUAUCAUUCUGACAGCGCUUCUGCUCGAUCGAAUGAGAAGUUGACGUGA